AACUCAUUCUAAGUUUAGUGCUUUCUUUCUUCACCAUUGAAUCAAUUUUUAUCCCUAAUCCAUAAUAUUAUUAUUAUUUUCGUAAAUUUUCUAAUUAUUUCCUUAACGCGAAACCGAAUUUCACGGGCGGUUUGUUUACCGAACCGGGUCUCCGUCUGAGAUUGGUGGGGUCCACCCGACCUGAAUCCCUUAGCCGGAGAUGGAUCUACCUGCUCACCAGCGUCCUUUAUUUUCGGACCGAGUAACCGUCAACGGCACCGUCACGCCGCUCGCUCUUCUCGCCGACGGUAGGCUCUGGUGGUCGGAAGGGAUCCAACGCUGCCUCUCCGUCGAAAAAGAGGUCCUCGGAUUUGUUGCCAGUGGGCCCUACAUCAAACUCAAGACGCUCGUGGAGGCUCGCGACGGUUGCUGCACCGCCGGUGCCGCGGGCAGACUUGUGCCGAAUGAUGUUGUUUUUAAACCCUCGUCGGAUGAAACUCAUAGGCUCUGGUGUCAGAAGCUUCGCGAAUUUAUUGAUUCUCUUGGUCGACCUAAGAGGUUGCUUGUUUUUGUGAAUCCGUUUGGUGGGAAGAAAUCUGCUGUGAAGAUUUUUGCUGAACAAGUUAAACCUCUUUUUGAAGAUGCUCAAAUUCAACUCACUAUUCAAGAAACCAAACAUCAACUACAUGCCAAGGAGAUUGCUUGUUCGCUUGAUAUUAAGAAGUAUGAUGGGAUUGUUUGUGUUAGUGGAGAUGGAAUCUUGGUUGAGGUUGUAAAUGGGCUUCUUCAAAGGGAGGAUUGGAAUACAGCAAUAAAGAUGCCCCUUGGAGUAGUUCCUGCAGGUACGGGAAAUGGCAUGGCAAAAUCUCUGCUUGAUUCAGUUGGCGAUCCUUGUGCAAUAUCCAAUGCCGUUCUUGCCAUUAUACGAGGGCAUAAGCGACAGCUUGAUGUGGCUACCAUCACACAAGGAGAAACCAGAUUUUUCAGUAUACUAAUGCUUGCAUGGGGUCUAAUUGCUGAUAUUGACAUCGAGUCUGAAAAGUAUCGGUGGAUGGGAAGUGCUCGUUUAGAUUUUUAUGCUCUCUGUCGAUUAUUCAAUUUGAGGCAAUACAAUGGACGUGUUUCGUUUGUGCCUGCACCUGGGUUUGAGUCUUGUGGGGAGUCUACCAGUUACCCUGCCAAAUCCACUAUCAAAGGCAACAACAGUGAUCCAAGUGAAGGGGCACAUGUGAGUGAUCCAAGUGAAGGGGCACAUGUGAGUGAUCCAAGUGAAGGGUCACAUGUUAAUUUGCAAACACUUAAUUAUCAAGGACCUGAAAUAAACUUGGAAAAUAUGAAUUGGAGAGUUAUAAACGGACCCUUUAUUAGUGUCUGGCUUCACAAUGUACCUUGGGGCGCUGAAGACACAAUGGCAGCUCCUGAUGCAAAGUUCUCUGAUGGUUAUCUGGACCUGAUCAUUAUGAAGAAUUGCCCAAAGUUACAUUUGUUGUCAAUGUUGUCAGGGUUAAGUAAUGGAGAACAUGUGAAAUCUCCGUAUGUCACGUACCUGAAGGUGAAAGCUUUCAGUUUGGAACCUGGUUCACGCACCAAGGACCAAGAGAAGGAAGGGAUUAUAGAUUCAGAUGGCGAGGUUUUGGCCAGAGGGAAAGGAACCUACAAGUGUGAGCAGAAGGCUUUGAUGGCCUAUGAUAAAUUGCAGAUAACAGUGGAUAGAGGCUUAGCUACACUUUUUACCCCUUUAUAAUAUUCUUGGUUUAAUUAUUUUCGCGGGCACAUUCCACUCCAUGCAAUACCGUUACCGUUCACGGUGGUAUGAACAUAACCUUCCAAAUGUUAUGUUCAUUAUAUACAUAUCUUGUACAACAUCAAAUGUAUUGUAUAGCAAGUUUCCUUUGUAACAUGAAUUUGGUGGGGGUUAAAUUUUUUGAUUAUUAAUAAGGAAAUGAUUUUAUCA